UACGACGGCGCGCGCACAGGCAGAGCCCACCUGGCCAGCCUCGAUUCUCCUCUGGAGCCAAAGGCGGUUGCUGCUGCUACUGCUGCUGUCGCUGCCUCACUAGUGCCUCCGCUCGGGACCAGAUCCCGUCGAGGACGCGGGCGGCGCCCAGCAUGGAGAAAGGGGGCUUAAAGAAGCUCGGCAGACUCUUCCACAAGAGCGAGUCCGAGGACUCCGAGCCGGACAGCGGCAGCAGGGACGCGUCGUUCCCGUCGCCCUGCCCUUCCCCGUCCCUGAGUCAGGGGCGGCGGGAGCAUCUCCACAGCCACCACGACGCCGCCGACGCCGCUGCCUCCGGAGAGCGCAAGAAGCGCUCGGCUUUCGGAAACUGGCGCCUCAAGAAGAAGCGCAAGGACCGCCCGGCGGCGCUGCCAGGGGAGGGGAGCCAAGGAGGGGCGAGCGAGCCCCCGUCUCCCUCGCUCUCCCACUCGUCCUAUUUCACCACCACCUCGGAGCCCACGACCCCCACCACCAACAGAUAUUUUGACAUGCCUGAUACACAAUUUGCUGCUCAGGCCAAUCAGCUGCCUCUGCUAUCCUCACAGGAGACACAGUUUGCUUAUGGUAUUCCAAUGGAUUCAAUAACUACAUCUACAUUGCCAGCAUCAUUUAAAAAGUCCAAAACAUGCUCUGCAGAGUCUUAUAAGGAAGAAAACAAAAAGAAGCCAGUUUUGGGAAAGUUUGGAAAUUUUUUUACUACAGGGAGAAGAAAAAAUCCGAAAAACACAUUAGAAGCUUCUUUAAGACCAAGUGUUAAAAGUGCAAGCUCGGGAUUGCCUCACAAGGGUAUAGCUCCACUGGCAUCAAUAGAUAUUGAAGACUUUAAAGAUCUGUCUAAAAGUGAGGAAUCUCUUAUUGACCAGGUUUGCAAUCAGGACCAGGAAAGGAUACGGAAUACUGUUAAAGAGACAGAAGAAUAUCUUUACAAUAGGGAUCUGACACCAUUGUAUAAUGAUAUUGUUUCAGAAUGGAACACUAAAGGAAUUAAUUCUGACAGUGAAUGGUCAUCUGAUUGGCGCAGCAGUAGUGAGACAAUAAAAAAUACAUUAUUUGAUAGCAAUCUUACACUUCAGACACUGGAAGCAGAGAAUGAUCUAGUCACUGACACAAAAAAUACUACAACUCCAGAUUUCUUUAGAAGUUUAACUAAUAUAUCCAGUGAGGACCUAGAACAUAACAUAUUAAACCACAAGGAAUUAGUGGAUGUUCAUUCAUGUUCAGAAUCAGAAUAUGCACCAUCAGAGGUGCCAUCUAUUUUGGAGUCCAGUGAACGUGCCCACACUUCUAGAGUGCUGACAUUGGAUAUUUUUCUUCGUAGAGCUGAACAACCAUAUUCCAAUGAACCAGUGACUGUUGUAUUAGACGACUCUAGCAACACAAUGGAUAAAAAAUCUGCAGUAAGGAGAUCUGGAAAGAGGAGAAAAUCUCAGUCCUCCAGUGACAUGCCAAAUGGGGACAGAAAUGUAACUGAGAAUACUGCAAAAGAAGAACCUGUUUUUGAUGGUAUUGCUUCAGAUUUGGUUUCAGAAAAAAUAACCACCCCUGAAAGAAAAGCUAAGACUUCUCAACAGUUGAAUUCUCCCACUACUAACCAUGACACAAGGACUGGAAGUAAUCACAAGGGACUUACUAAGACAGAGUUAGAGAAAAACAAGCAGCAGACCCCUACUUCAUCCCCAUACAGGAGGAAAUCCUUAAAAAAGAAUCAACCUGAAACAAGUCCACUUUCACCCACAGGCUUGAAGAGUCAUGGGAAAGAUUCAUCCACCAAACGACAGAUUGAAGGUGCAACAGAUAGUAAUCCAAUAUCAAAAUGUGUUUCAGCAGAGAAGCUGUCUUCUGGGGAAAGCACUGUAGAGACUUCUAAAAUUUCUUCUAUAGGCAUCACAGACAAUAGCACCUUGCCACAUUCUGAAAGAAGAACAGAGUCUAAGGUACCAGAUAUUGUCAACAGUUCUGAUGGCAGUGCUUUGCUGCGCACUGACAAGCAAAGAAAUGGCGAGUUGGGAACUGCAAAUGGAAAGCAAACUACCUCUGGUUUGGAUGGUGCAAAGGAGAGAAAUCCAUGCUUUGAUGUUUCCAGAACUGUCACAACAAAAGUUAGUCUUCCAGCUAAACCAAAGAAUGUAGAAUUAAACCUUAAGGCGUCCAGAACUCUAGAAGAUGUGCAAACUGAGCAAGAUUCUGUGGACAAAGCUGUUAAAAUUAACUUCAGUAUUGCCAAUAAAAUAUCCAUGUUUGAAAGCAAACAAACUAAUCAGAACCAAUCUGCUGAGAUCUCUUCUUUAAAAAAAGGUUCUGUAUCAAAUACAUUUGUUGGCAGAGCAAAGCUGAAAUUUGGGAAACAGCACCCUGAAAGUGAACAGACCAAAAGAAUAACAAAUAAGCCAAACAAUCGACAGAAAGCAUUGCAAAAUGGUGCAAAGGUGAAGGAUGUAUCUUUAGAUAUAAAAAUCAAGUCUGAAGGAGGGACUCAGUCAAAUAUUAUAACUAAUGAAGAGAUUGGAAAUGCUGCUGAAUCCCAGUUUAGUCAGAAUGGUAAAGUAGAUGAUAAUCAUGUGAGUGUUUUUAUUUCUAAAAAAGUGGAUACAGAAUUAGCCAACAAUAAUUGGUUACCUAAAACGGCAUCUAUACUACAAACCGAAGAAACUGAAACAAUCCAAAAUGAUAACAGGAAUACAAAUGUCAGAUCCAUAUCUCCUGAAAGUGGAGAGGAACAUUUCUUGAAAACAGACAUGUAUUCUCUAAGUAAAGAAGACCAGUGUCUCCCGCAGCCUGACCCAGUGCCCCCCAAAGUAGAACACAACAUGACUUCUCAGACUGAAAGUGAAGACACAAAGAUGACAAAUACAUUUUUGGAAAACAAAGAGAUAUUCGAUCAGAAUAUCUGUGGACAACCUAGUUCAAACAGUGAUUGUAAUGUCCCUCAAGUUGGCAAGGAGGAUACCAUUUGUGAUUCCCCAGACAUGACAAAGUUUACUGAAACUAUUAAAAAUCUAGACAGCUCUAUUUGUGUACCUCAAAAAAAGAAAAAACCCAAAGUUCCAAAAUCCCCAGCACCUCCCUUUGCUAUGCCUCCAAUUCAUGAGGACAAUUUAGAGAAAAUAUUUGACCCCAAUAUUUUUACAGUUGGUUUAGGAAUCAAGAGAGACAAACCACGAGAUUUAGCCCCAUCCCAGCAGCUGAGAUUGCAUAGUCUAGAAACAGAGGCUAGAGUCAGACCCAAACGUGCCUCAGCUGAGAACAGCCUUCUUCUCCAAUCUCUGAAAUUAUCCAACAGACCAGACCUUGCACUUGCCCAGGAAAUAAGUGGGAAAGAGAGCAAAGAUGGUACCGAUGGCGAUAUUAAGAGAUCUCGACUUGAAAAGAGUGCCAUAUUCUCAAGCCUUCUAUUACCUGCAACUAAAGAAAAUGUGUUUACUCCAUCUGUAACAUCUAUAAACACUAUCACAACAACUUUUGCUUCUCAGAAGAGUGCUAAUUGCCCAGGAAUCCCCCCUCUAAUAUUUGAUGUAGCUCAGAAAUCUGAGUCUCUUUCAGAUUUCAAAGCACCACAAUUUAUGGAGAAAUAUUUGCAAACUGAGGAUCCAAAAAAAGAGAGAAUUUUACAGAUGGCAAACUUUGGAAACCCUGACACCAGUUUUUCAAGUUGGUUGAAACCUGGGCAGUAUGAACCAAAUAGCUUCUUACCAGACAUUGAGGCAUUUUCAGGAAACAACCAAAAUAAAAUUAAUCCUAGACCUGGAAAGAUCGUUAUCUGCAGUAAACCAGACACUUUGGAAAAUGCUAUUGAAGUUUUUCACGAUAUGGUGGACUGCACCGCUUGGGUACUGUCACCUGUAAUUCUAAUUAAAGUCGUCAGAGGAUGUUGGAUUCUAUAUGAGAAGCCAAACUUUGAAGGGCCCUCUAUUCCUCUGGAGGAAGGAGAAAUUGAAUUUACAAACCUUUGGGGUGAAGAACCACUUGAUAACAAAGAUGAAUGCAAAUGUCCUGAGCCUGCAGUGAUUGGUUCAAUGAGGCAUGUAGUAAAGGAUUAUAGCAUUUGCCGAAUUGACCUGUUUACAGAACCAGGAGGGUUGGGUCUUGUAAAUUCAUACUUUGAUGACACUGAAGAAACUCGAUUUGGUUCUGCACAGAAAACGUGUUCUAUCCAAGUGCAUUGGGGCACAUGGCUACUUUAUGAAGAACCUGGUUUCCAGGGAAUCCCUUUAAUGCUGGAACCUGGAGAAUAUCCUACUCUAUCCUUUUGGGAAAAGAAAGAAGCAUAUAUUAGGUCCAUGAGGCCCUUGAAAAUGGGUGGACGCAAAGUUGAAUUUCCUGAAAGCCCAAAGGUCAUUAUUUAUGAAAAGCCAUUCUUUGAAGGAAAACAUGUAGAACUUGAUUCAGAAUUAGUAGCUCUUGUUGAGGAAGGAAAUGAAAAAGCAGAAUCGGCAGAGCUGGAAACAGGAACACUCACAUCAAUAGGAUCCAUAAAAGUGAAGGGAGGAAUUUGGGUUGCUUAUGAGAAGCCAAGGUUUGCAGGGCAUCAGUAUUUGCUGGAAGAAGGAGAAUACCAGGAAUGGAUGGACUGGGGUGGUUAUGAUGAGCAGGUGCAGUCGCUGAGGCCUGUUCUAGGGAGUUUUAUGCAACCUCACAUGAUAAUGUAUGCCGAAAAAGACUUUGGGACUAAAAGUUCCAAUAUAAGCGUUUCAGGAAUUGUUUCCAAUUUAAAGGAUACUGGCUAUGGACUAAGGACUCAAUCCAUAAAUGUGUUAAGUGGGGUGUGGGUGGCGUAUGAAAAUCCUGACUUUACAGGAGAGCAGUAUAUCCUUGAUAAAGGACUGUAUCCCAACUAUGGUACAUGGGGAGCUAAAAGUUGUAAGAUCUCUUCAGUUCAACCCAUAAUUUUGGACAACAUAAGUGAUCAUAUGGGGAAAUUUAAGGUCCAGCUAUUUUCGGAACCAGAGUUUCAGGGUAGCUGUCAAAUAUUUGAGAAAGAUACUUCAGAGAUUGAGGAGACAUUCCCUGCUAUGUCUUCAAAAGUAUUAUCUGGCAGUUGGAUUGCAUAUGAUGAAGAAAAUUUCUCUGGAAAUCAGUAUGUGUUAGAAGAAGGAGCCUAUCCUAAUCUGUCUGCAAUGGGUUGCCUACCCAAAACAUGCUUGAAGUCCUUAAAAGUUGUAAAUAUUGAACUUUCUGAGCCAACCAUAGCCCUUUUUGAAAAGGAAGACUUCAAGGGAAAGAAAAUGGAAUUUACUACCGAGGUCCUAAAUCUCCAGUUUCUUGGCUACAACCCUCAUGUGGCUUCAUUAGAUGUCCAUGGUGGCAUAUGGAUUAUUUAUGAAUACAGUAACUAUAAAGGUCGUCAGAUUUUAUUAUCACCUAAGAAAAUACCAAACUGGUAUGAGUCAAGUGGCUACCACAAAAUAGGUUCUCUACGGCCUUUACUACAGAAAAAAGCAUAUUUCAGACUGAGAAACAAAGAAACAGAGAAGUUCAUGUCAACUGAUGGAAAUGUAGAUGACUUGAAUCUUCUUAGGAUACAGGUUGUGGAAGAUACUAAAUCUGAUGAACAAGUCUGGAUUUAUCAAGAUGGAUUCGUCAAAUGUAGGCUGGCAGAAGAACUUUGCUUGACAAUUGUGGGAAACCUGAUUACACCUGGUGCCAAACUGGGCCUGGCACUUCAGCAGAAUGAAGAAAAACAAAAGUGGAGUAUUAAUCCAGAUGGCAGGAUUUACAGCAAGAUGAAACCAAACUUAGUAUUAGAUAUUAAAGGCGGGAAGCACUAUGAUCAAAACCACCUCAUCGUCAGUUCAGUCAGCGAAGACAAGCCAACACAAUGCUGGGAGCCGCUGGUCGUGUAAAUGGCACAGCCUAAGAAUCAGUUCCAUCAACUUUAUGAAGAGUGACAGAAAACAGGACAUUAGAGCAGUCUUUACAGUAAUUUUUAAAAACGAUGAACAAAAUUUGAGUAAGUGAGUGCUGUUUGUACCCUUGGAUUAAGACAACAUGCUUAUACCCCCUAUAGUUAGUUCCUAUUUGUUAUUCAAAGGUUAAAACAUAUUGCCAGCAGUUCUUAUACAUCAUCGAUAAGUUACUCAUUCAGAAUACAUUUUAAUCUGGUAUUUUAAAUUAUUUACAAAGACCUGUUUUAUUCUCCUGGGCUUCAUGCUGAACAAUUUACAUUUUUGCACUUGAAUUGUUUUUACUGUAAAUUUGCCUGCAGCUAUUCUGUUUGGACCAAAUAUAAAUGAACUACUUACACAUAAAAUGAACCCAAUCAAAUAAGGCAAUUUUUAAAAUGGAGUUACAGCAUUACAGUCAAAUGUAUUAGAGUACAGUAAAUGUCUUAAGCCUGUGAUUGUACUUUUGUAUCAACAACAAAUGCAUAUUCCAUAAACAUUUGCUGCCAGGUAGAAUAGGUUAAUAAUCAAUGAACCCCUGUGCUGCAAACUCCGAAACUGUGACAAAACUACAGUAUUUGUACAACAGAUUGAAGUGGAAGUGUUCUAAUUUCCUAAUAAACAAAUUAACAAAGUAGUGUUGUCUAACCAAGUCAGUGCAGAAUUGGAAAAUCCUAAUAGCUUUUCAGGACACUUGACAGAGCAUCCAGGGGUGCAAGUAACAAUAGUAUUAAGUGGUUUGCAUCAGAACAUUCAAGAUCAAAGUAUGUCUGCAUACUACAUGCUAAGAGAGGAAACAAACAACCCCAUCCUGUUUGUUUCCCCUCUUAGCAUGUAGUAUGCAGACAUUACUGCAUUUGAAAACCCUCAGCAAUAGCUUGUGUGAUUAAGUACAAAUUUUAUCUGAAUUCCACAAUAAUCCACAUUGUCCCCUAAAGAACACUAACACCAUACUGUUUCAGGUGAACAACAGUCUACAGGAGUUGCAGCCAUUCUGUAAAGUAGUCCCAACAAAAUGACUACCUAUGCUAUGGUACAGGUGGGAACAUUUUUAAUUCCUUGAUUAUUCAACUACAGGAAUACUCACAUGUUAGAGGCAGUAACGGAGAAGCUCGUAUUCUCAUGAGAAAUAUAAUAAAUGCCAGCUACUUAGGAAUCUCUAGCAAAGCAAUUUUCCAAGAGAAAACAGAAAUAGGUUUUAUAUAUAGAAACUUAAAAUACCACUCUUACCAUUUUUCCUAGUGUGAAGAUUAUUCUGUUAUUUCUACUACUUUGAUCUUGAAUGUUCUGUACAAUCACAGGCUUAAGACAUUUACUGUACUCUAAUUCACUCACUCACUCAUACAAAUUAUUGCUUUUGGUUACAAUAUUUCUGGUAUUCUUUAAGAACCUGCUGCUUAUUUCUUUGAAACUUGGUUUUAAGGUGCAUUAGUUAAAAAGAAACAUUUUUCUGUACCCCAAACUAUUGUAUAAACAUAUUUUACAAAUAAAUUACAAAUAAAUAUUAUUCUGAUGAA